UGGGCGUGUCGCUGUUUCCGGCCGCCAUAUUGUACCUCUUUUUCAGACCUAUUCUCAUUGUUUUCAAUUAGUCGAGCAAGUUAUAGAGCAAUUCAUGGAAGCCCCGGUGUUAUCUGACGCUGUAAACUCAUUGGAUCCGUUGCAUAAAAGGCGUUACGUGGAAAAGCUUCAGUUUAUCCAUUCGCCAGAUCCGUAUUUGAUGCCUAAAUCGAUGUUUUUCGACCCGCUGGCUUCGCCUGACAUCUGAUAUCCUGACAUUUACAACUAUCUUGUCCACACAAAAUCAGCCUAUUCUCACGAAAAUUUGAAAAACUUUAAGAGCUUGGAGGCUUAUAAAUGCUACGUUGCUGGUUGGGUGAAACAGGUCCUCGUACACGAAAAUUCGGCAGGAAUCUUGUGCUCGGAAGAGUCCCGCAGACCUCACUGUAGAAGAUCUUCAUUCUAAGAAGCAUGAUCCCCUCCGAGUUAAACAUGAGGAAGAGUCCGAUAUGCCUUGUAUCAAACAGGAGGCGGAGUCAGAGACCCCCUACAUCAAAGAAGAAGAAGAGGAAGAUGAAAUCCCCCAGUUUCCAAUGUGUUUUAGUGUGAAAAUCGAAGAAGACAAAGUUCCAAGCGAAGAGAGCGGAGCAGCAAAACUUUCGAGCGACAGCUCAUUUCAGCACCUGACAACAAAAGGAGAGGGACAAUCGCAAACAGACGGCCUCUUAGCUCCGCUUUCGGACAGCGACGACGUAACAUCACACUCUUCUGACUUCAACACUGAUGAGGAGGAAGAUGACUUUGACCAAAAUGCUUCAGAAUCCUUAAACAAGUCAUUGAAAAAAGACACUCAAGAAUGCGGAAUGAGGAAGGCUUUUCCCUGCUCAUUUUGUGAUAAAACAUUUUCUUGGAAACAUCUUUUAAAAAAACACAUCCGUAUACACACUGGGGAGAAGCCUUUUGGCUGCACAAUUUGUGGUAAAAGAUUCACUCAGAAAGGAAGUUUAGUCUUGCACGAAAGAAUACACACUGGUGAGAAGCCUUUUGCCUGCUCACUUUGCGAUAAAAGAUUUUAUUCUAAGAGUGAUUUAGGAAGGCAUAAGCGGACACACACUGGAGAGAAGCCUUUUGUCUGUACACAUUGCGACAAAAGAUUUUCUGGGAGUUCUAGUUUAAGUAGACAUAAACGUACACACACUGGAGAAAAGCCUUUUGCCUGCACAAUUUGCGAUCAAAGAUUCACCGAUAAGGGACAUUUGAAAAAACACACACGCACACACACAGGGGAGAAGCCUUUUGCCUGUACACUUUGCAAUAAAAGAUUUUAUCAGAAGACUUAUUUAAAAUUGCAUCAGCGUACACACAGUGGAGAGAAGCCUUUUGCCUGCUCACUUUGUGGCAAAAGAUUCACCCAGAAGGCACAUUUAAAUAUACACACACGCACACACACAGGGGAGAAGCCUUUUGCCUGCACACUUUGUGAUAAAAGAUUUUUUCAGAAGAACGAUUUAAAAAAUCAUCAGCAUACACACACUGGAGAGAAGCCUUUCUCCUGCACACUUUGCUUUAAAAGGUUUUAUUGUCAGGCUUAUCUAGAAGUGCAUCAGCGUAGACACAGUGAGAAAAAGCCUUUUGUCUGCACAACUUGUGGUAAAAGUUUCGCCAACAAGGGAGGUUUCAACCAACACACAAGGACACACACUGGAGAGAAGCCUUUCUCCUGUACGCUUUGUAACAAAAGAUUUUCAUUGAAGAGUCAUUUAGAACGACACACGCAGACACACACUGGAGAAAAGCCUUUUGGCUGCACAAUUUGUGGUAAUAGAUUCGCUCAGAAAGGAACUUUAGUCUCGCACGAAAGAUUACACACUGGAGAGAAGCCUUUUGCAUGCUCACUUUGUGGUAAACGAUUCACUCAGAAAGGAAAUUUAGUAAUGCACGCAAGAAGCCACACUGUGGAAAGACCUUAGAAUUGCAGUGUGUGACCAAAUAUUUUGAUUCCUGCCACGCAUUUACAGUGGAAAAAGCAUUUCAAUUUCCUUAUGCUGUUUUCCUUCAGCCUUUUUAGAAAAAGUUGUUCAAAUGAUUUUGCAGGUCCUGUUCUUUUUCACAACUACCCAAUAUUCAGAUUUUUUUAAUUGAAGAAAUUGAGUUACAUGUCUUUCUGUUGGGAUUAUUCCCUAAUUUACAUACUGCUUACUAAAGCCCCUUUCAGAUUUACUGUAUAUCCUGGUAAAUCCCCAUGUAAGGUGACACAGGAUUUAGCCGUUUCAUGGCUUUCACACAUGGGGAAAUCUCCCGUGUUGUAUGUGUGAAAAGUGGGUUCACGUGUUGGUGCGUCGGCGCUCUCUGUUCAGGGAGGGCAGCUGCUGCGGUGUUAUAACCCUGACAUUACGUCAUUUUUGGUAGCGUGCUGGGCGCCAUUGGACGCUUUGAAGUCUCGAAUGUUGUGCAUUUGAAAGGCUUGUUCGUCUGCCGCCCUUUUGAAAUCCUCUACGUUGUGCUAGCAUUUGGGUAUAUUUUGUUCUCUUAUCGGCUCUCUUCCUACCGCUUAGGUUAGUAUUAUUGAUCCCCCUAGUUGUCACGGACACAUUGUGUUAUUCCCCCUUUUCCGCGAUGGUGUGUAUUUUUGUUUGUAUUUAAUAAACCCUUGAACGCAUCCCUCUGUUGCUUUUUGAUUUGAGGUACAACCUUGUUUCUACAAUUGCGGACCCUAGUAUUGGCAACAAAAUAAACCACACAUUUCCAAAAAUGGACGAUUGACUCUCAACCUCGGCUAUACAAUCCAGAAGCAAUUUAAUUUUCUUGUGUUAUCAGUUUAAUUUAGCCAUUUCCAGUUUGCCAUGUUGAUAAUUUUGAUGUUUGUUAACCGCUUUCCGUAUUACUGCGAAAAAAAGAGGCCCCCCAUGAUAUUUACGUCAUCAGUCUUAAUGCUGUGACCUGGGAAUUGUAACUGGAAGUUCGGAGCAGACAUUUUCCGGGACGGUGCCGCCCAUAUUUCGCUCAGGAAACUUGUCUACUGUAUAUAUAAAUCAACUUUAGAGUCACUU